AACUGCCUGGGCGCCCCUGUGAAAGCCCAAGCCCUUGUGAGGCUGGCAUGCAGGAUGGCAGGACAGCCCAGCCACAUGCCCCAUGGAGGGAGCCCGAAUAACCUCUGCCACACUCCAGGGCCUGCGCACCCUCCUGACUCACAGAGGCACCUGAGCACCCUGACUUUCCGCUGCUCACUGGCCGACUUCCAGAUCGAGAAGAAGAUAGGCCGAGGACAGUUCAGUGAGGUCUACAAGGCCACCUGCCUCCUGGAUGGGAAGACGGUGGCUCUGAAGAAGGUGCAGAUCUUUGAGAUGAUGGAUGCCAAGGCCAGGCAGGACUGUGUCAAAGAGAUCGGCCUUCUGAAGCAACUGAACCACCCGAACAUCAUCAAGUAUCUGGAUUCGUUCAUUGAGGACAGUGAGCUGAACAUUGUGCUAGAGCUGGCCGACGCGGGCGACCUCUCGCAGAUGAUCAAGUACUUCAAGAAGCAGCAGCGGCUCAUCCCCGAGAGGACCGUGUGGAAGUACUUCGUGCAGCUGUGCAGUGCUGUGGAGCACAUGCAUUCCCGCCGCAUCAUGCACCGAGAUAUUAAGCCUGCCAACGUGUUCAUCACGGCCACGGGCAUCGUGAAGCUUGGUGACCUCGGCCUGGGCCGCUUCUUCAGCUCUGAGACCACGGCAGCACACUCUCUCGUUGGGACCCCGUACUACAUGUCGCCAGAGAGGAUCCACGAGAACGGCUACAACUUCAAGUCUGACAUCUGGUCCCUGGGCUGUCUGCUCUACGAGAUGGCUGCCCUCCAGAGCCCCUUCUAUGGAGAUAAAAUGAAUCUCUUCUCCCUCUGCCAGAAGAUCGAGCAGUGUGAUUACCCUCCUCUCCCUGGGGAACACUACUCUGAGAAGCUCCGAGAACUGGUCAGUAUGUGUAUUUACCCUGACCCGGACCAGAGACCGGACAUCGCGUACGUGCACCAGGUGGCCAAGCAGAUGCACGUGUGGAUGUCCAGCACCUGA